AUGGCGCCGCUACCAGCCACAUCAAUCUCUCAUGAGCCACGGGAUGCAAGAUUUGCUGUCGAUGCAUCGUUUCCCAGAUUACUGCAUGCAGCCGAAAGGAUCUUCAAGCGAGAUCUCGGUCCUUCCACGGGACAAUCAGUAGGUAUGGCUGUCGGAUUGUCGGUAGCUGGCAUUGUGGUUGCAAUCUUUGUGUUCGGUUGGGUUAGAUAUCUCGCCGCACGGGAACAUCAACGAGCCGGUCUUGCACAGGAGGCUGAAAAGGAAUUGGAAGCGGCAGCAGCUGAGGAACCUUCGUCUUAA